GAACAAGGAACUACUCUCAGUUAUUAAUCAGGAUAAGGUUUAAAAAUAAAUAACUACAAAUACAAGACUUUUUCUGUAUUAAAAGGUCAUAUAUUAAAAAACAUGAAUUUUGGUUAUUAUAUUAUGUUAGAAAAUGAACAAAUAAGAACAUUCGUAGGUUUCGGCGCGGUUUGAGCUCAACGUUGCUACAUGGCAAGUUGAAGCAUUUGAAUAUGGAUAGAUAUAUAAUCACAGGAAAAAUAGGAGAAGGAGCACAAGGUGUAGUUUUAAAAGCGCACGACAUAGAAACAGAGAAAGAUGUUGCAUUAAAAAAAUUGUUUUUGAAAAAUAUUGACAAUGGUAUAUCUACAUCUAUUAUUCGUGAGAUAAAAAUUUUGCAACAAUUAAGCCACUGUAAUGUCGUAGAGUUAUUAGAUGCCUUUCCAGUUGGAUUAGAUUUUAUUAUGGUCUUCGAAUAUAUGCCAACAGGAUUAUGGGAGAUAAUAAAAGACAAUGAUAUAUUAUUAACUUCUACUCAAGUCAAAACUUAUACAAAAAUGAUUUUAGAAGGAAUUGCGUAUAUACAUGAAAAGAAUAUAAUACAUCGGGAUUUAAAGCCUGCUAAUUUACUGAUAAAUAGUAAAGGUAUAUUAAAAAUUGCUGACUUUGGUUUGGGCCGAUUGUUGUGGAAAAAUAUAUCGAAGCCAUAUUCGCAUCAAAUUGCUACAAGAUGGUACAGAGCACCUGAAUUGUUAUAUGGUGCAAAAUAUUAUACAUCAUCGAUUGACAUGUGGUCCAUCGGUUGUAUUAUCGGUGAAUUACUCAACAAGUCACCAUUAUUUCCAGGAGAGACAGAUAUCGAGCAGUUAGCAAUUGUUUUAAGAUACUUAGGUACUCCUACGUCAGAAACAUGGCCAGAUUUAAGUAUGUUGCCUGAUUACAACAAGAUCACGUUCCCAUAUCAUAAAGGAAUACCGUGGGAAAAUACAUUUGAGGAUACUGAACCAGAAGCUAUCGACCUAAUCGGGAAAAUUCUUAUUUAUAAUUCAUCGAACCGGUUAACAGCUAAAGAAGCACUGCAUCACAUUUACUUUCAUGUCAGACCUUAUCCUUCUUUGAAAGACUUGAUAAAACCUCAAAGUAUUCAUCGUUGUCAGAUAAAGCAAAAAGAGAUCGAUACAAACAUCCAAGAUACUAUGCUUUUCAAAAACUUGUUAACUAUCACGCAGUGAACGUAUGUAUGAGAAUAUACAACUA